GCAUCUUAAAUCAGACCACCCUGUUGAAUGCACCUGUCUGAAUGCUCUUCGGGAAUAAGGAGACAGUGGCAGGAUCAUCAGACUGGUUGUGGCGUCGCCCCAGUCCCAUCUCACUGAGGAACAGAGGAGUGCCCUGAGAAACGCACAGUGAUGGAGGUGCCACUGGUGAACUUUGAGAACAUGGAUGAUAUCGGCAUCAACAUGGGCGACCCCAGUGACUCGGGCUACCCCACUUCACCCACCUCAGAGGCGGUGCCUGAUCAAAACCUAGUCACCAAUCGUGUGACGUCACCAAAUUCGGCACAGCACCGUGGGCACCAGAUCAGGCCUGAGGGGUUUUCUCCCUCUACACCACCUACACUGACUGCUAAAGGACAAUCUAGCUGCAACAGUCUGCUGUCCAACUCCAAACUCCUGAUGAACAGUGAGGGCUCGCCGAUUGACAGCAUCUUCAAUCAGCUGGUUCAGGAGUGCCGUGACAACGAAGAAGACCUGUUUGGGGAGAAGCUGGAAGUGAAGGACGGGAAUCAGAAAGUGGUCAUCAAUAUUUCAGGCAUGAUGUUUGAGACACAACUCAAAACUUUAUCACAGUUUCCAGACACCCUGCUAGGAGACCCCGCAAAAAGGAUGUACUACUUCGACCCAAUGAAGAACGAGUACUUUUUCGACAGGAAUCGUCCAAGCUUCGAUGGGAUCUUGUACUUCUAUCAGUCUGGGGGCAAAAUUCGAAGACCGGCCAAUGUCCCCUUAGAGAUUUUCGCAAAAGAGAUUGUUUUCUACAAAUUAGGAAAAGAAGCUAUGGAACAGUUCCGUGAAAUUGAGGGGUUCAUAACAGAACCCGAGCCGCUGUUGCCCACCAAUGAGGUCCAUAAGCAGUUUUGGCUCCUUUUUGAGUAUCCAGAGAGUUCCAGUGCAGCUAGGUCAGUGGCCCUGGUGUCUGUCUUUGUCAUUGUCAUCUCCAUCUUCAUUUUCUGCCUGGAAACUCUUCCAGAGUUCCGUGAUGACGUAGACUUUAUCACCACCUUUUCCCUGGGUCUCAAUGGAACCCAGGAAGGACCUGCUUCAGUCCAAAACAACUUAUUUGCCUAUUUCACAGACCCCUUUUUCAUUGUGGAAACUAUCUGCAUAAUUUGGUUCUGCUUUGAGCUUGGUGUACGCUUUGUGGUCUGCCCGAGCAAAAGUGACUUCUUCCAUAACAUUAUGAACACCAUUGACAUUGUCUCUAUAAUCCCCUAUUUUGUAACCAUGGUGACAGAGCUGUGGACCACGCCAGAUGAAGACAUCAACUCCAGCCAGAACAUGUCACUGGCCAUCUUACGCAUCAUCCGUCUAGUGCGAGUCUUCCGAAUCUUCAAGCUCUCGCGACACUCCAAGGGGCUUCAGAUCCUGGGCCAAACCCUGAAAGCUAGUAUGAGGGAGCUCGGUCUGCUGAUCUUCUUCCUCUUUAUUGGAGUCAUACUUUUCUCCAGUGCCAUCUAUUUUGCUGAGGUGGACGAGCCCCACACACAGUUUGUCAGUAUCCCUGACGGGUUCUGGUGGGCUGUGGUGACAAUGACCACUGUGGGAUACGGGGACAUGUGUCCUACUACUCUGGGAGGCAAAAUGGUGGGGACUCUCUGCGCCAUUGCCGGCGUGUUGACCAUCGCCUUACCCGUCCCUGUUAUCGUCUCCAACUUUAACUAUUUUUACCACCGGGAGACAGAGCAAGCAGAGAAACAAGUGAUUGAUGAUGCGACAGAGGCUGCUCAGAAAGUAUCCGACGCAAACAGAUAUGAGUAUGGUAGUACAACCUCUCCUAACAUGAGCAAAAUCAAUGGUAGCGCACAGGAUGACAAGAAUGACAUGUAA